UACAGCUUGAGUUAAGACUAUGUUAGUAAUCUUACAUGCCACAUCUUAGCUUUAAGAAUCUUUAUUUCCCCGUGUUAGACAGGGUCCAAUAACAAUGCUUUUGUAUUUGCGACCAGUUUGGCCCAAUAGGAAACAGCUUGUAAAAUAUGCCUUGUGUUCUUGUAAUAAUAUCUUUCGCGAUAUUCUUGUUACAGAAAAGUAAUAAAAAAAUUGAAGUUUUAUGUUUUGAUUUUUCCAUUUAUCAGCACAACAACGCUCAUGUUCCUCACCCCAUCCCACUCCAUGCAAUUUUACUCAAACCUCAUUUUUCUGAAACGCAAAUUAUCCUUCGUUUACUUCAAUGUUCUAAGGGAAGAGUCAUUUUUCACACUUUUAUCACAUUUCUGCUACUUAUUUUAGACAACAGCAGACUGGUAUGAUUACAGAGACAGGUGAAGAAGAAGCAAGUGAGUCUGGUAUGGUUUCUUUUCUUAGAUUCCCUAAGUCCAGUACCUUGUCUAUCACAGGCACUAAGUUUGAAUUAGUUUUUUUAAUGUUAGAAGUGUUGAACUUGUUAGGUAAUUUUUUUAACUUUUAACAAUUUCUUUUUUUUUUUUUUUUUUUUUACUUUGCUACAAAACGAUUUUAAAACUUGUAUUUUAGUUUCAUCAAGGUCCCAAAGGUUUCAAAAUGAGAGAAGAAGUAGCUUUUCAGAUACCAUGGUGAUCAUGUUGGAUUACAAACAAAAAGUAUUAUCUAGCGUUGGAUGUGCAGUGUGUUCAGUAGCGUUCCUUCUCAUCGAAGUAUUCAGCAUUGCAAUAGGCGUUGCAUUUAAAGAUGAUUGUCCCGCAGAAAACCGUUUGCCAGGAUUUUUGGUUAUAUUUGGAAUUGUUAGUGUAACUCGUCAAUUCUUACCUUUAUAUGAUCCAAUCAAAAGACUUUUCGAAGGCUUUAUAGUGCUUUGGUUUAUACUGGAAAACUCUUGGUUAUACCAUUCAUUUAAACCAUCGUUGACGAACUCCUCACAGACAUCACACUGCAAUGAAAUUCUGUACUUUUUCACAUUUUGGGUGAUUUGUAUGACGUGGUUAGGAAUUUUUGUAGUAAUAAUUCUCCCAGUUUGUUUACUCUGUGGAAUAAUAAUAAGAAAAGUGAAAAACACGUCAGUUUGAUUAGGCCUGAUUAUGUAACACAUCAUACUAUGUGUAACGUCUUCAAGCUUCAGUCAGUGUUUUAAUCUUCUUUGUAUCAAAAACCGCAAAAUUCCGUGAAUUCGCGCCAAAAUUGCUUAUCUUAAGGUAUAGCUAGACAGGUAUAUAUUUCACCGUUAUUAUAAAUGUUUCAGGUUAAGUUUUCUUUAAAUAUAUACAAAAAUCACCAUGCCCGGUUUUUUAAGCAAAAGAUAGAGAGUUGAAAUAAUAUUAAAUAUAAAUAUCAAAUAUAGUAAAGAAAUAUUCCAACUAUAUUGAUUAAAAAUGACUAGUAUAAUCUACAAAAAUCUAUAAGAUAUAUAAGAAUGUGUAUGUAACAAUAUUUACAAAUGUGUAAGUUUAGUCAGUAAUAAUUUUGCUUUUAC